CGAGAUCAGAUCUUUCAUGCUGUGAGUCUGAGGUGAGUUAUGGAGCUUGUGACCCGAGCCGUGAGCUCUUUGGGUUUGGUGUUCACCGAGGCGUUGAGAUCUUUCACAGAGAUGUUUCUCACACAACCUGUUUGUGCAACCCUCUCAAAUCUGAGUGAAACUGUACUGAAGUCUCUAAACGGAGAUGACCGCGUGUUUAAAGCCAGAGAACUGUGGGAAAGUUCAGGAGCUGUGAUCAUGGCUGUCAGGAGACCUGGAUGAUUUCUCUGCAGAGAGGAGGCGUGUGAGCUCUCCUCUCUGAAGGCUCAGUUAGAUGACAGUGGAGUUUCUCUGUAUGCUGUGGUGAAGGAGAACAUCGGAACAGAGAUCCAGGACUUCAGACCAUUCUUUCAUGGAGAAAUCUUUCUGGAUGAGAAGAGAGGUUUCUACGGGCCUCAAGAACGUCUGAUGGGUUUCUCUGGGUUACUGCGUGCCGGUGUCUGGAGGAACGGCUGGAGAGCGUUUCAGAAUGGUUCUCGGGGUAACGUGUCGGGUGAAGGGUUCGUCUUGGGGGCUGUAUACGUCAUUGGCCCACGUCAACAGGGAAUCUUGCUGGAGCACAGAGAGAUGGAGUUUGGAGAUAAAAUAAACAAAUGUGAUGUUAUUGAAGCUGUUAAAAAGAUAAAAACAUAAUAUGUGUUUCUGGAGUAACAGCAGUCAUGAGAGAUCUCAUGUAACGUAACAUGAAAGAAAGAUCAUGAAAAGAGUCAGAUACACUAUAAAGACUUAAGAAAUGUUUCAUAUUGUUCAAGGGCACAUGUGUGUAUGUGUGUGUGUGUGUGGUUGAUGACGGACUGACUUUAAACUCUAAAUGAAGUAGCAGUCUCGAUGUUUCACACACACACACACACACACACACACACACACCUGAAUCUUCAAGAAUAAAAACAAUGAACAAUGAGUCAAUAAAAAACCCAACAUUUGUGUCA